AAACAAAUCUUCCAAUUUGUUUUUAGAAUUGGUUAUUUUUGUUUCCUUUACCGGAGACGAGAAAAAUUCACGAAUCGUUUCUCGUAAAAAGUAAAACUCACCAACAUGGCAGCGGCGGUUGCAACAGGUGUUGUUGCACCGGCGACAAUGGUUGAUCAGGUUCCAAGUCCGACAGCUCAAACUCCGGUUCAGAUAUCAGUUUCAGUACCGGUUCCAUCUCCAGAGACGGUGGCAGCAGUGGCCGAUCAAACCCACCCGAACUCGUCGCUCUAUGCGGGAGAUCUGGACCCGAGAGUGACCGAAGCGCAUCUGUUUGAUUUGUUCAAACAUGUAGCUACUGUUGUCUCGGUUAGAGUUUGUCGGGAUCAGAACCGUCGCUCUUUGGGAUAUGCCUACAUCAAUUUCAGUAACCCUAAUGAUGUACCCACCUCAUCGUAG